CUGUUGCAUCAUCGUUUGAGGUCGAGUUUCGUUUCUGCUGAAGUCCCGCCUCACAAAACUACAGUCCAACAUCAUUACAAACCCGUCACAAACUCACAGAGAAACCAAACCACACGACAUGGCCAACCAAGGAGCAAAUGGUCAGAGCAGAAACUUAAAUGUGAGACAGAGACCUGCUCAAAACUCUCCAUCCGGUCCUUCUCCCAGCGAUCGCCGCAGUAAAUCCAGCUCUGAAUGAACUGAGACUGGUUCUGCUGGGAAAAACCGGUGCGGGGAAAAGUGCAACGGAAACACCAUCCUGGGAAACAGAUGCUUUAAUGAUGAAUUGAGCAUGAGUUCAGUCACUAAAGAGUGCAGGAGAGAAUGUGGAACGGUGGAAGGACGAAAGCUCGUUCUUGUAGACACACCUGGGUUUUUUGACACUGACUUAACAGAAGAACAAUUAAAACAAGAAGUAAUUCAUUGCCUGGCCUUGUGUUCUCCUGGUCCUCAUGUGUUUCUACUCGUCAUACCGAUAGAACGAUAUACAGAGGAGCAGCAGCGCAGCAUACAAAUGAUUCUGGAGAUGUUUAAUGCGGACAUCAGCAAUCACAGCAUCCUGAUCUUCUCACACGCCGACAGACUCAGAGGAGAAUCCAUUAGAGACUUUAUUUCAAGACAAAAUGCAAAAGUUCAAGACCUCGUGGGGAGAUUUAGGAGGCGUUUUGUGACCUUUGACAACACAAACCCUACAAACCGAGAACAAGUGAGUCGACUCCUGCAGAAAGUGGACGAGCUUCUGGUCAAGAAUGAGAAUCGUCACUUCACUAAUGAAGUUACAGAGGCAAUGCAGAAAGCCCAGAAGAUAAUAGAAGAGAGAAUGCAAGCAGAAAUGAAGAAAAGAAUGAAGAAAAUCAAGAUAGAGAUCAGAAAAAUGGCUGACGUUCGUUGGUGUGCCUUUAUUUCUGACAUCAAUGAAGAUAGGUGCAAAACAAAGAGAAAAAUUAAAUGCAUACAACGCAGGAUCGAUCGGAUUGAGACGGAUAUAGAGACGGAAGAACAAAAUGUGCGGCUGAUCCCAGCAGGACUGAAACGGUUCGAAGCAUUUCUAAAGAGGCAGCUGAAGAACAUGAGAAGAAUGCAGAAAAGAGAAAUGAAAAAGGAGAGGAAGAGAAUGGAAAGAAAGGAGAAAGAAAAGCAGAUCUGGAUUCGAGAAGACAUGCAGAGGAGACUGAGUGAAGCAAGGCAGAAGAGUCUGUUUUCUUCACAUAAUGUGCUGACUACGCUGACCUUCUAUUUGCUUGGCUUUGGAUCUUCAUAUGCACCUACACUCUUUGCGUUCCUGUUCCCUGCAGCUCCAGCGGUGGAAACCGGAUCGUUGGCCAAGUUUUUGUCCAACUUGUUAGAUUCUGGAGCUGCAGAAAGUGGGAGUUUAUUUGGGAAGGCUGCUGAAGUUGUAAUGAAAGCUGUAUCUGUAAAGUUGGCAUCGAAGACAAACUGCUGCAUUCAGUGACUCUCUAUUGACUGAGUUAAUACAGACCAAGCUUAUAAUAGCAAGCUUUUUACAGACUGUAAAGUGCGUCACAGCGAGUGCUCUCUUCAUCAGCAGUCUUGGGUCUAAACUAUUUUUCUCAAUCAUUUCCUCCUUAAGGAUUUUUUUGAAGAAGAGUGAAACAACCCGUCAUUCCAGGAAGCAUUGCAAAUGACUGAAUCACAGAAGACUGUAUACGACACAGUGUGAGAACUGACCACAACGCAGCACUAAACCGAAUCCACAUAUGCUUUUGGAACCAAAUGGACUUGAAUCUAAAAUGGAAAUCUUUUCUAAAUCCUCUGAAUCAUUGUGAUUGCCUGCAUAGAGAAAAAAAAUCUGAUAUUUUGAAUUUCCAAGGACACGAUUUAAUUAACAUUCAUUGCAGGUGUUCUGGGGGGAAAAAAGGAUUUCUCUUCUUUGCAAAGAUCAGUCAAGUUGCAGGAUCCUGGAUGCAGACAAAAUCAGACUUUAUUGGUGGAAUCGACAAAGCCAUGAUGCCAGCUGCACUAGCUUCAAAACUCAUUUUUAGACUGUCUCUUAUAACUUCUUUACUUUGCUCAUCUAAGGAGCAUUCAUUGGAUUAUCUUCCAUUUUUAUUAGCCCAUCCAUCUCUUGUUCUCCACAAUUAAUUAUCUCUGCAUUUUGGCUUCUUUUUAAUAAUGGCGAGCCGUCACCUGGUCUAUUGAUAUGAAUUAAAAACACUCUUACGUCCCAGGACGUAAUGUUUGUUUGUGUAUUAUGUUUGGUGAAUGGAAAAUAAGAUUGUUGCUGUGUAUUGUUGUUUUGUGUUUCUCCUCCUUUCCUUCUCAUUCCUCCAUGCUUUCAGCUAACAGGUAUUAAUGACUACCACCUGAUCCCAAUUACCUUGUUGGAUCCUCUACCUGUUGAGAUGACUGGAAGGAUGUGAUAGGGAAAAGACAGAACUAAGCGCAUUGUGAGGAGAGGGUUUUUACUGUGGCAUUUAACAUUCUUCUGAGUACCCCCACUUAGACCGCAGUCAUAUCUUUUCCAUUAAGGGACAAUAUUUGCGCCCUUAAAUUGAUUUACGGGUGCAUUUGUUUUACCUUUAGGGAGGCAAAGUUUUUCUAGCCUUAUUAUUAAUUGUAUAUCAUGUUUAAUGUCGUAUUCUUAACAUGCCAUUAAGUGUAUUAUUAAUAUAAUAAAUAAAGCACUAAACGAUGCCAAAACGAAGUGAAACUUGUAGAUUUAAAACUAGAAUCACCAGUAGGUGGCGGCAAGUCACUGUCUUAAUGAGCGAAGCAUCAUGUCAUUCAUUCAUUCAUUCAUUCGUUCGUUCAUUCAUGCAUGCAGUAACGAAGCAAAUGCCUGUAGUUAUGAAUGGGUUAUUAAUCACUGACUCUUCGAAUCGUUCAAAGCUGCAGAUUCCUUCACUAACGAAGCACCGCUGUUGCUUGGAGACGCACGCCAUUCUGUCGCAGAUUUUGUUUGUAAAUAUUAUUUCGUUGUAAAAUAUAACAAACAAUAAUUGACAAUAUUGUGUUUAAAAUGUAACAUUUUCACUAAAUAUUACCUUUUUUGUUGACCUGUUAUAUAAAAUAAAUGUCACAGUUGCAAUCGUUUGAAUAUUCAGGGAAAAUUGCAUUCUUGGUCGUAUUUUAAAAAUGAAAAACAAUAACUCGCACAGGGUAUGUUUCUGUGUCGAAGAGUUUCUUAAAUCGAUCUCUAUAGUCCUUGUCAAUAUUUGUUCUUCAUGCUAUAAGAGCUACACAUCUACUUUGAAGAUACAAUGAACAGCAGCGCGUUUUGCUAAAGCAGCAUACUCUGCAGGCAUCCUAUCAUACGCACGCAUGCUUUUGACCGCAAAAGAUGAGGUAAUUUGAUGUCAUUCCCUCCUGAUUGCAUAAAAUAUAACAGUCUAGCACAGGGGUGUCAAACUCAGUUCCUGGAGGGCCGGAGCCCUGCAGAGUUUAGAUGCAACCCUAAUUAAACACACCUGAUCCAGCUAAUCAAGUCAAUCAGGCUUAUUUGAAAACUAAAACCAGUCCAGUCCGGCUUUGUUGGUACCAUGAAGCUGAUCAUCAACUUUCUCUGUCAACUCAGGCUUGAUCCUGAGUUAAUGGAGCGUGUGCACAUGAAAGUGUGACAUCAGUAACGAGCAGCCAAUCACAUGCCUUAAAACUAUGAUUCCCUUCUUGUGAGAGAGUCAGUGUGAAGAUUAAAAGAUUGAACAAUAUGAAGAAUUUAAACACAUUUACACAGCACGAUCAUGAAAUGAUCUAUCCAUGAAAGAGGAAAACUUAAAGAAAACUUCUUACCAUAUAAGUGCAAGUAAAAGUUGUAAAGUUAGUUUAUAGGUAUAAAAACACUUAAAAAUCUAAGCUUAUAUGUAGUCAUGUUUAAAGCUAUUAAUUUAUUUAUAUUCCACAUUAUAUUAUCUAAAUGUUUAAAUGAUUUUAAAUAAAAGCUUAAUAAUUACUAUUAAACUAAGCUGGCUUGUGUAAUGGAUUAAGGGUACAAUAAUUAUAUAAAUAAUAUAAAAUAAUUUAAAAAAAUAAUCAGCUGUGGAGCGUAAGUUACUAUGGCGAUGAACACAGCUAAAAGCCAAACCACUUUCAUGGUACCUAAAACCCAGAGUUGGCGCAAACUAAACUAAACCGGCUUCAUGGAACAGGCCCCUGGUCUUGUAGGUUGUUUAGUGUAUUUAUAGUUACACUGUUCUUCUGUUAGUACAUUUAUUGAAUUGAAUGCACUAAAAUGGUUUAUCUAAAUAAAGCGAAGGCAUAUCAUCUCUGGA